CCUCAACACUCUUCCUUUAGUUUUAAGCUUUGGGGGUCUCUUUUUUCUUUUAAAUGUUUCAACCAUGGCAUUUGAUGGUGGGGUGGGUUUCAAGUUGUUCAUGGACAGCCAAGCUGAUUUGUCAUUGGAGAUUAGGAAGACGAAGCUUAGUGGAUUGCAAAAGAGAGAGGCACUUGAAAAAGAGGUUUCCAUGCUUCAAAAUAUGCUAAAUCAAGAAGAAAAAAUGCAUGAGAUUCUUACACAAUUUCAGCUUCAAGAGGAUGGCUCUUCCAUCUCUAUCCCAGAUUUCCUCCCUCCAAAAAUGAAGGAGCUAUUAACAGAGCUGGCUAUGGUAGAAAGUGAGAUAGCUCAUUUAGAAACCCAAAUAAGCCAGCUUAAACAUGGUCUAAACCAAGAACAUGAAGUCAUCAUCACAAAGGGAAAGACGCCAUCAAAACAAAAGAAUCCCAUAAUGCAAGAUCAACAAGAAAAUGUGGUUUUUGAGACCAAGGCUUUGCAUUUCAUUAGCAAAGCUAUGAAAGGUGAUUAUACUCUUAGUGACUUCAUGAGCCUAAAUGAGACAAUGGGGAAUUCAGGAGCACUAUUCCAAGAGAAGAUCCCGAAGAAAAGUGGUUACUUCAAGACAAGGGAAAGUAUUGUAGAGGCCAACUUGGACCUACCACCAAAAUCACCAUCUAGCGCACUUAUUGUAGAAAAGAAUAGCCAAAAUUGGCAUCCCAACAAGUUAUCAGAGAACAUCAUGAAAUGUUUGCACUUCAUUUUUGUGAGGUUACUUAGAACAUCAAGAGCAAUGGAGCUAGAGAAGUCAAGCAAUGUUACUAGGUCUAUGAACACUCCAUUAAGCUCAAGAAGCUUUAGGGUAGAAAAUACCUUGAAUCCCAAGUCAAAUCCACAAAAGAAAUUAAGGCAACAAGAUCCUUAUGGUAUUUUCAAUAUGGAAGGGUCUAUUCCAAGGGACAUUGGUCCUUAUAAGAACCUUGCCAUGUUCACAUCAAGCUCUAUGGACCCGAACUGCAUUUCGACUUCGAGUUCUAUUCCUUUACUUAAAAAGCUAAGGGUCUUGAUGAGCAAUCUCCAGAAAGUGGAUUUAAGGGUAUUAACUUACCAGCAGAAACUGGCAUUUUGGAUCAACAUGUACAACGCCUGUAUUAUGCAUGGAUACCUCCAAUAUGGUCUACCUGAUACUUCUGAAGGUCUUUUGGCUAUGACGAACAAGGCAACUCUCGAUGUCGGAGGUAACAAAAUAAGUGCUCAAGCAAUGGAGCAUCACAUUUUGGGGAAACAAUCAACAGGUUUAAAGAUACAAGAGGGUAGUGACAAAGAAGACGACAGAGAAGCCACCAUUCGGAAGCUUUACGGACUUGAAUUGACCGACCGAAACGUCAUGUUCGCUCUAUGUUGCGGAACUCGAUCUUCACCAGCAGUGAGAAUAUACACCGGUGAUGGAGUUUCAGCUGAGUUAGAGAAAUCAAAACAGGAGUACUUGCAAGCAUCAAUAAUGGUGAGCAAUACAAAAAAGAUUGCAUUCCCAGAACUGUUGCUGAACAACAUGUUUGAUUUUGCUGUGGAUAUGAACUCAUUGGUUCAAUGGGUUUGCCAACAAUUACCCACUUCUGGUUCGUUAAGGAAAUCAAUGGUGGAUUGUUAUAGGAACCAUAAUGCUGGCAAAACAUCAUCUUCCAUUAGUGUUGAGAAAAUACCAUAUGACUUUGAAUUCCAAUAUCUGCUAGCUAUGUAAACAAAUUUUCCUUUCGUUUGUUUGGCAUGAAAGAAAAUAUGAGAUUAUUUAUCUGAGAAAAUUUAAGCUUCUUGUUGGCGCCA